AUGGCUGAAAAUCGCAAUUGGGAGCAGUGCGAGGCACGAGAGGGCAUUGUCGAAAGACCCGAUGGAGCGGGGUUGUUCGUAGUCACCAGAGGGGCACCAAGACAGUCCAAACAGCCAGUCGUCGUCUUCGAGCCUGGACUUGGAGUCAGUGGCUCUUGCUGGGCAGCAGUGCAACGCAUGCUAGAUCCUCGCAUCCGAAGCUACGCCUAUGAUCGUGCCGGACAUGGACAAAGCCCAGAGUCUCAAACACCGCGCAGUGCAGCAAACAUGGCCGUCGAACUUCUCAACACCCUCAAAGCUGCGGAGGUUAACGCCCCAUACAUCCUGGUCGCCCACUCCUAUGGAGGUAUCAUCAUGCGUGAGUUCUUAGCUGCCGCGGGCUCAGAUGCGAUAGCUGGAAUGGUCUUGGUCGAUGCCAAUCAGGAAAAUACACACCCGAAGCUUCAAAUCCCGUUUCCUUCCAUCCAAGCACUAUGUGGUGAGCGAAACUAUUUUGACAUCAUUGGGCUUCUGCAAGAGAAUGCCCUCACGCCGGAGGAGAUGGGUCGGAUCGGAACGGACGCAGGACUCCCAUUGACGGCGCGUGCGUCUCAGCAAGAAGGAGCGUUCUUGCUUGAGAGCUCUGCUGCUUUAGGAGAAAAGGGCCAGUUUGAUGCAUGCCCGCUGGGAACACGCCCUGUCACCGUGAUUCGGGGGGAGUCACGUCGCGACUUUGAUCGCCUGCUGGUGGCAGCCAAAGAAAGUGGCAGUGGCAGUCAAGAGGAUUUGGAUCAAAUGGUGGACUUCCUUACCAAUCGGUUUGACGUUUUCGAUCGGGAUUUGCAGAGGCAGCAGAUGCGCUUGUCGGAGAACAGCCGGUUUGUUCAGUCCACCAACAGUGGACACGCAGUGAUGGCUACCGAGCCAAAGUUGGUCGCUAAUGAGAUUCUGGCAAUCUGGGAAGCGAGCGUUUGA